AUGACCGUGGGCUACAUCCAGAACCAGGGGCAGUGCGGCUCGUGCUGGGCCUUCUCCGUGGCGCAGCAGGUGCAGAGCGAGUGGUACCUCGACGGCAACCCCGCGUCCGAGUUUUCGGCGCAGCAGAUCAUCUCCUGCGACGACGAGAUGUUCGGCUGCGGCGGCGGCGGGCCCGUCUCCGCGUACGCGUACAUCAAGGAGCGCGUCACGCCGGGCCUCUCGAAUUUGUGGUAUUACCCCUACGUCCAGGGUAUGGGCAGCCAGCGGACGUGCCUCUCGCCCAAGUGCACGGAGACGUGCCGGGGCAUCGGCACGGAGGUCGAGGAGACGCUGCUCACGGGCGUGUACGCGCAGGUCGCCAACUAUUCCUGGGCGACGAAGGGCUGCUUCGACGACUGCGAGGACCAGGACCUUUACGGGCUCCGCAAGGCCGUCGCCGCGCACGGCCCGGCGAGCAUCUGCGUCAACGCGGCGAACUGGGACGUCUACGCCGGCGGCGUCAUGUCGACGGCGACGUGCGGGUCCUACAACUUCAACGACCUGGACCACUGCGUCGGGCUCGUGGGCUUCAACAUGGACAGCGACCCGCCGUACUGGAUCGUCAAGAACCAGUGGUCGACGACGUGGGGCGUCGACGGCUACAUAUUUCUCGACGCGCGGAACAACACGUGCGGCGUCGCGGACACGGCGACGUUCGCCAAGGUGUUCCCGCCGGACGGCGCGUACCGCCCCCACGACGGCGCGCGCGUGACGACGCCCGUGUAA